UCAUAUCCAUGCUUCAUGGAAUUAGAUAAGAGUAUACAAUCCAGUUGCCCCAGUUGCUGCUACAACACGAGAAGGAUCCUUUCUUUGUAGGUCUUGGUUUGCCCAGACUAUACCCCUGCCGCCAUGUGUUCGUGACAGGGCAUGCUGUCCCCGGUAUGUUGGCUGUUGGGUUAAUUAGCAGACGUAGUAGACAGGGGCAUGCUGGUAUUUUUCAGGUACUCGAAUAACUCUCGUCAACUGCUGAAAUUGACGACGUGUGUUGUCCCAAACUUCACACAACCAUGGGGAGGUUCACGGAUACCUGGAAGCCUGCGGUCAAUGUCUUGACCUGGUUUCUGAUGGUGACUGCCAUCCUUGGCGUCCUUGCUAGACUGGGGACCAAAUACUGGAUUUUUCGGCGGUGGACUGCUGAUGAUUAUCUUAGUAUUGUCUCAAUGGUGAUCUGUGCCGCACAAUCCCUGGCUGUGUCACUGGCCACUGCCAAUGGAUACGGCGACCACUAUGAUACACUAUCCCAGACAAGCAUUGAAAAUAUAAUGAAGUCACAAUAUGCCGCCACCAUCCUCUUCAUCCUGACCAUGUGCUUCUCGAAGUUGGCCCUCGUCCACUUUAUCCGCAGCGUAACACCAGCUGCCUCAGACCGCCGCAUUGCCUCAGGGCUAGAAGCUCUGAUUACACUGUGGGCAAUCACCGGUGCCAUUAGCUCUGCAUUUCGGUGCAAACCACCUCAGACAUGGAACUACCUAUCCGGGCAGUGUUUCAACAUUGGGGCGUGGUGGGAUUACAUCGGAGUGACGAACAUUCUCACCGAUGCUGCCAUUAUAGCGUAUGCAAUCCUGAUUGUUACUCGCAUCCAGGCGCGGUGGAAAAAGAAGCUCACUUUAUCCACUGUGUUUGGGCUUCGAAUUUUUGUGAUUAUCGCAAUAAUAGGCCAACUCGCAUACGCCAAUAAAACUAUUGAUUCGACCGAUCCGAUCUCUGGUACCUGGUCUCUGACGAUCUGCACGCAGCUUACCCAAUGCUUGAGUGUGGUUACCGCCUGCUCCCCUCAAUUCAAACCUUUCCUGGAUAGCCUGCGUUCGACGGGCCUACGAGUUGACGGAAUGACGCGCCACGAUACCUCCCGCGUUGGAUACAACCACUCUUCUGCGGGGAUCAGGUCACAGCUACAAAGUCAAGAUCACCCUUCGGCGGAGGUUCAUGAGAUGACUUCGAUUGGUCGCAACAAAAGCUAUCGCCAUACCACAACGAUAAUCACAGCGAAACGGGACUCGGAUGGAGACAGUGAUUCAAGCGAGGCUCACAUAAUCCGUGAGGUUCACACAUGGGCCGUGACUGCGUCGCCGCGGAACUCAUUAAGGGAAUGUGCGUAUUAGGGC